AUGACGGCGCAGUCAUCUUUGGAUUCGUCUAUGCCAGCCACUAUCCCCGAAUCUGACACCGAGGCCCCCUCGAACAUCAACGACGAUGAGAUUGACGAAGCUACCACGAUACUUCAGCCUCACCCAAAGGGCACUUACACCGCUACCUCAUUCCAAACCUUACUGCUUGACUCAUUACCAGUCCGCCUCCGUAUCCUCCAUCUCCUGACCAGCUUGAACACACAAAUAUCUUAUUUAGAUGUCCUUGCCUUAAGUUCAGAACUCAGCAAGGCGUCUCGCGCAUACCACAGUUUCAUGAAGGAGAACCAAAACUCCAGCAUCGAGCCAUUUCACCGAAACCUACUUGACUAUCUCGUGCGUCGAUUCAUGAUACCUCUGCAUUGUUACUUUACAAACAAGGCCCGCACAAACCCAUUGUUUACCUUUUCAUUAAAAGUCAGCCUAGAAACAGCCAUGGCUAUCAUGUCACCCGAACCAGAUGAAGGCUUCUCCAAACUAAUGGUCAAUGGCGGGGGUUUAUUCAGAGAGGGCAUGCGGUGCGCGAUGUCCGUCAUUUCUAUCGAGCUCCUGGCGCAACUUGAAGCCCAACACAUCGACGGAACGUUGCACCGCAACUCCGGUUAUAUUAUGCUUCUCAAGCAGUCUAUCGCUGACCAGGUUCCUCUUUCUUUUGAACGGAUCCGUCACGGUGAGACAAAUAUCAAGGCUUAUAUGUUCCUCGGCAUGAUCUUGGCUAAAGUCGAGGCGAUGCGAACGGGUGCCGAUUGCGAAUUGUCCAUCGCCCAGAGUGCGAAAAACUGUCUUGAAUUCUGUCAUGAGCUUUUGCUGACUCAGGUUGACUCUUCGUCCUUGGGGAUUCCUGAUAAUGCUGGAUUUGCGUCCGGGUCGAGUCUUGAUGGCGGGCCCGAAGGGCUUGAUUCUGCAUAUGACAUCGACUUGGACUGGGACUUUCUCUUGCCAGAUGCUGGGUUUUCUUGA